AUGGCUGCGCCCGUGGGACCGGUGAAGUUCUGGCGACCCGGUACAGAGGGACCCGGCGUCAGCAUCUCUGAAGAGAGACAGAGUCUAGCCGAAAAUUCUGCAACAACCGUUGUUUACAAUCCUUACGCUGCCCUUUCCAUAGAGCAGCAGAGGCAGAAGCUGCCGGUGUUCAAGCUUCGGAAUCAUAUAUUAUACUUGGUCGAAAACUAUCAGACAGUGGUGAUUGUCGGAGAGACGGGAUGUGGAAAGAGCACACAGAUCCCACAAUACCUUGCAGAAGCUGGCUGGACGGCCGAAGGAAGAGUCGUGGGAGUGACCCAGCCCCGAAGAGUGGCAGCUGUCACAGUUGCAGGGAGAGUAGCUGAGGAAAGGGGUGCGCUGCUGGGCCACGAGGUGGGCUACUGCAUCCGCUUUGAUGACUGCACCGACCCACUGGCCACGAGAAUUAAGUUUCUGACUGAUGGAAUGUUGGUCAGGGAAAUGAUGGUUGAUCCGUUGUUAACAAAAUAUAGUGCCAUCAUGCUGGAUGAAGCCCACGAGAGGACCUUGUACACAGACAUUGCCAUUGGCUUGCUGAAAAAGAUUCAGAGAAAGCGAGGGGAUCUUCGAUUGAUUGUGGCUUCAGCCACUCUGGAUGCAGAGAAAUUCCGGGAUUUCUUUAAUCAAAAUGAGACCAGCGACCCAACGAGGGAUACGUGCGUGAUCCUUACAGUAGAAGGGCGAACAUUUCCAGUGGACAUCUUUUAUCUACAAAGUCCUGUUCCAGAUUAUAUCAAAUCAACUGUAGAGACUGUGAUGAAAAUUCACCAGACAGAGGGAGAUGGAGACAUACUAGCAUUUCUUACUGGCCAGGAAGAGGUGGAAACGGUCGUGUCUAUGCUAAUCGAGCAGGCUCGGGCUCUAGGGCGAACUGGGAUGAAGAGACACCUCCGGGUCCUGCCCAUGUACGCAGGACUGCCUUCCUUUGAGCAAAUGAAAGUGUUUGAAAGGGUGUCACGCAGCGUCAGAAAGGUGAUCGUAGCCACCAAUGUGGCUGAAACCUCCAUUACAAUCAGCGGGAUUGUGUAUGUGAUCGACUGUGGCUUCGUGAAACUCCGAGCCUACAAUCCCAGGACAGCCAUCGAGUGCUUGGUGGUGGUCCCAGUGUCCCAGGCAUCAGCCAACCAGCGCGCAGGACGUGGCGGCCGCAGCCGUUCGGGAAAAUGUUACCGCCUUUAUACAGAGGAAGCCUUUGACAAGCUGCCUCAAUGCACUGUCCCUGAGAUGCAGCGUAGCAACUUGGCACCUGUCAUCCUCCAGCUGAAAGCACUAGGGAUCGACAACGUCCUCAGGUUCCACUUCAUGUCGCCCCCUCCAGCACAGUCGAUGGUUCAAGCAUUGGAGUUACUCUAUGCUCUGGGAGGUCUGGACAAAGACUGUCGCCUCACUGAACCGCUCGGCAUGAGAAUAGCAGAGUUUCCUUUGAAUCCCAUGUUUGCAAAAAUGCUGCUUGAAUCAGGAAAUUUUGGCUGUUCUCAGGAAAUUCUAAGCAUUGCAGCCAUGAUGCAAAUCCAGAAUAUCUUUGUGGUCCCCUCAAACCAGAAGUCUCAGGCAAUGCGAGUGCACCGAAAAUUUGCUGUGGAGGAGGGUGAUCAUCUCACUAUGCUCAACGUGUAUGAAGCGUUUAUCAAACACAAUAAAAACUCUCAGUGGUGCCAGGAGCAUUUCCUGAAUUACAAGGGUCUUGUCAGAGCUGCGACAGUGCGCGAGCAGUUGAAGAAGCUUCUUGUCAAGUUUCAAGUGCCCAAGAAAUCUAGCGAAGGUGAUCCGGAUCCCGUCCUGAGGUGCCUUGUUUCGGGAUUCUUUGCCAAUGCAGCAAGGUUUCAUUCCACCGGAGCUUAUAGGACUAUCCGUGACGACCAUGAAUUACAUAUCCACCCUGCCUCGGUCCUCUACGCAGAGAAGCCGCCUCGCUGGGUCAUCUACAAUGAAGUCAUACAGACCUCCAAGUACUACAUGAGGGACGUGACCGCCAUUGAGUCUGCUUGGCUGUUGGAGCUGGCUCCGCACUUCUAUCAACAAGGAACGCACCUGUCCCUCAAAGCGAAAAGGGCCAAGGUCCAGGACCAGUGA